AUGUGGAUAGCCUUGGAAGCCGACGCUCCCCCCGACCCCGAGGAGGAAGACAAUCCCUUCUCAGAGCCAUCCGUCGCGCGCACCUCUUCCCGCCAAAGUCAGUCCACCGACCACUCCGAUGCCGCCUUCCCCGUACCCAGGCGCAAGUCUUCCCGCUCCUUCAUCGCCCAGGGGAAUGCGACCUUCCUCACCGAGUGCUCCUUCGAGGUUGCUCACGACGCGCUUAUCAAGCAUAUCACUGAUGCCGAGCCGUACCUCGUCCAUUGGGAGAGGCUGAAGAGAAUAGACCUGAGCGGGAAGGGGAUCGAUAGUGUUGCCAGGUUAAAGGAGUUCUUGCCUCUUAUUGAGCAGGUGGAUUUGAACAAUAACCGGAUCUCAUGGCUCACCGGCCUGCCGUCGACCGUGUUGAGGUUAUCGAUCGCCUCGAAUGCGCUUACCGGUCUGGCAGCGUACAACCACAUACCAAGACUACAGUAUCUGAACAUAAGUCACAACCAAGUGGAAACAUUCCAGUUACUCAAUGGACUCGUCAACUUGCGCGAACUGCACGCGGAUUAUAAUUGCCUUACGUCGCUUGACGGCCUGGAGUCCAUCUCCCUGCGCGUUCUUACCGUACGAGGUAACGACAUUCGCAAUGUGGACAUGCGGAUGACGCAAUGGCAUGAUCUGGAGAUUCUGGAUCUGAGCCAGAAUAGGAUUUGCGACAUCCAGGGGGUUGAUAUCCUCCAGUCGCUCGUGACGCUGAACCUUGAUGGCAACCGACUAGAGUACUUCUCAGUUCUUGGCUCCCGGCUUCCGGCUCUCCGAGCCCUCCGACUGAGCGACAACCGACUGACUACGCUUAACGUCUUCGGUCUGGAUUCACUACGCACACUUUACGCAGACAACAACAAACUGUCCGAGGUGAUUGGGCUGGAAGACUGCCACACUGUACACAACUUGAGUCUUCGUAACCAGAGCCAGAAGCUGUAUGUCCGACGCAACCCUCUUCCAACACAGUUCUUCUGUUGCCCAUUGCCGAACCUUAUCUACGCCGAACUGAGCUCAUGUCAGCUCGCCACACUCCCCGUGCUGCGUCAAAUGAUGCCUCAUAUUAUGACCCUUGUCCUCAACUGGAAUCAUUUCCGCCAUCUAGACUUCCUGGCGGACCUUCGGCACCUGCAACGUGUUGUAGCUGUUGGGUGCCGUGUUGAAACUCUGGAGAUGGACCCCAUUUUGGGGGGAUUGCGAGAACUGCGAGAACUCGACUUGCGCAUGAACACAUUCACCCUCGGUUGGUAUCUUCCUGUCAAGACCGAAGAUGAUCGCAAACACAGGCAACAGGCCACUACUGGCGGCAAGACCAGCGAACAUGACCUGCAGUCGUCUUCAAUAACAACACCGGAAGAUCUCGACAAGAAGUAUCGAAGGGGUCUCCCCGAUGAGCUAUACGUGCCUAGGGCUAUGUGGAGGGGUCUUGCAAUGGAAUGUUGUCCAACUAUUGAUCGCCUCGACGGUCUGGAUAUCAACGACAAGGAAAGGAUAAAGAUCAGGAAACUGCUGGUGCAGCUCAGGCAAUCAGGUUUAGUAUUGGAUCGUCCUGGAGAGUCAAUGUAA